GGCGGGCGUUCAGGAAGGCUCGAGAGCCUGGCUAGUGUCUAUAAAUGCAGGGGUAGCUGCAAGCGGCGCCAGAUUAGCUGCAACAAGUGACACGACUUGAACUGCUCUCCUCAUUCUCCCAACAGUAGUACCAUUCCAGCCAACACCACACACACACAGACACACACACACAGAUGGCUAAGGCACGUGCAGUGGGUAUCGACCUGGGCACCACUUACUCAUGCGUGGGGGUCUUCCAGCACGGCAAGGUGGAGAUCAUAGCCAAUGACCAGGGCAACAGGACCACCCCCUCCUACGUGGCCUUCACGGACACCGAGCGGCUGAUCGGCGACGCCGCCAAGAACCAGGUGGCCAUGAACCCUAACAACACAGUGUUCGAUGCCAAGCGACUCAUCGGCAGGAAGUUCGAGGACACCACGGUGCAGAGCGACAUGAAGCAGUGGCCCUUCACCGUGAUCUCCGACGGCGGCAAGCCAAAGAUCAGCGUGGAGUACAAGGGAGAGAACAAGAAGUUCUUCCCCGAGGAAAUCUCUUCCAUGGUCCUCAUCAAAAUGAAGGAGACGGCCGAGGCUUACUUGGGCACCACUGUCAAGGACGCCGUCAUCACUGUGCCCGCCUAUUUCAACGACUCCCAGCGCCAGGCCACCAAGGACGCCGGCACCAUCUCAGGCAUGAACGUGCUCAGGAUUAUCAACGAGCCCACGGCCGCCGCCAUCGCCUACGGGCUCGACAAGAAGGUCGGCGGAGAACGCAAUGUCCUCAUCUUUGACUUGGGCGGAGGAACUUUCGAUGUGUCCAUUUUGACCAUUGAGGACGGAAUCUUCGAGGUGAAGUCCACCGCCGGAGACACCCAUCUCGGCGGCGAGGACUUCGAUAACAGGAUGGUGAACUUCUUCGUGCAGGAAUUCAAGAGAAAGUACAAGAAGGACCUCACCACCAAUAAGCGAGCCAUCCGCCGCCUGAGGACAGCCUGUGAACGCGCCAAGAGAACCUUGUCGUCCUCCACCCAGGCCAGCAUUGAGAUCGACUCUCUGUUUGAAGGAAUCGACUUUUAUACGUCUGUAACGCGUGCUCGCUUUGAAGAGCUUUGUUCUGACCUGUUCCGUGGCACACUGGAGCCUGUGGAGAAGUCGCUCCGAGACGCUAAGCUCGACAAAGCUCAGAUCCACGAGAUCGUUCUCGUCGGAGGCUCGACCAGGAUCCCAAAGAUCCAAAAGUUGCUUCAAGAUUUCUUUAACGGAAAGGACCUGAAUAAGUCCAUCAACCCCGACGAGGCAGUGGCAUACGGGGCGGCGGUGCAGGCAGCCAUCUUGGGCGGCGACAAGUCCGAAGAAGUGCAGGACCUGUUGCUGCUGGACGUGACGCCGCUGUCCCUUGGCAUCGAAACGGCAGGCGGCGUGAUGACGGCACUCAUCAAGCGCAACACUACCAUCCCCACCAAGCAGACGCAGACGUUCACCACCUACUCCGACAACCAGCCCGGCGUGCUGAUCCAGGUGUACGAGGGCGAAAGGGCCAUGACUCGCGACAACAACCUGCUAGGCAAGUUCGAGCUGAGAGGCAUUCCUCCCGCACCUCGAGGCGUGCCUCAGAUCGAGGUCACCUUCGAUAUCGACGCCAACGGAAUCCUGAACGUGUCCGCUGUGGACAAAUCCACUGGCAAGGAGAACAAGAUCACCAUCACUAAUGACAAGGGUCGCCUCAGCAAGGAGGAGAUCGAGCGCAUGGUGAACGAGGCGGACAAAUAUCGCGCCGAGGAUGAACGCCAACGGGAGCGAAUCAACGCCAAGAACAGUCUCGAGUCUUAUUGUUUCAACAUGAAGUCGACGGUGGACGACGACAAAGUCAAGGACAAGAUCCCCGAGAGUGAGCGCACGUCUAUCCUGGACAAGUGCAACGAGACCAUCCAGUGGUUGGACGCCAACCAGCUGGCGGAGAAGGAUGAGUACGACCACCGCCAGAAGGAACUAGAGAAGCUGUGCAACCCCAUCAUCACCAAGCUAUACGCAGGGGCAGGCGGCGCCCCUGGCGGCAUGCCCGGCGGUAUGCCAGGCGGGCACCAGGGCGGCAGCAGCGGCGGCAGCUCGGGACCAACCAUUGAGGAGGUGGACUAGAUGCUGCACCUCUGACCCUCACGUGUCCCCCACCUGGGAGCCUCCACUGUCAGGUGCCCCAACUCAUAUCUCAUAAACUAUACGCUUAUUUACCUAUCAUAUUUGAAACAAGAACGAUCAAUUAUAUAUUUAUACAUUAUUUUUUUAUAUAAACAAUAAAUAUAAAUUAAGUA